ACCCUGAUUUUAAUGAAUCAGUGCCUGAAGAUUCUGUCUUCCAUGGUAGAAGAAUUCAUAGCCAGCCAGUCUAUUGGGGAACAUCAACAAUGUUAGAUGCCGAGAGACGCCUCCUAGCUAAUGCACUCCUUGACUUCUCCAAUCAAAGAUUUGUGUUGCUGUCUGAAUCGUGCAUUCCAUUGUUCAACUUCACAACAACUUAUGACUACCUCAUCAACUCAAAUCUAAGCUUCCUAAGCUCAUUUGACGACCCAAGGAAGCCAGGUCGUGGCCGAUAUAACCCUCAAAUGUUUCCAAUAAUAAACAUCACAAAUUGGCGAAAAGGGUCUCAAUGGUUUGAAGUGCACCGUGAGCUUGCCAUCCACAUUGUGUCUGACUGCAAAUAUUAUCCUAUCUUUCAAGAAUACUGUCACCCUCCCUGUUAUAUUGAUGAGCAUUAUAUUCCAACACUGGUGAACUUGUUGUACACUGAGUUGAAUUCAAAUAGGAGCAUUACUUGGGUGGAUUGGUCAAGGGGUGGUCCUCAUCCUGGAAAAUUUGGAUGGAGUGAUAUCACAGAUGAGUUUUUGAAUCGGAUUCGGUUUGUAUCAGAAUGUGAAUACAAUGGCAAUACAACUUCAAUAUGUUUCUUGUUUGCUAGAAAAUUUAUGCCUAAUACAUUGGAGCCUUUGUUGCGGGUUGCUCCUUUGCUGCUUGGUUUUGAUCCGUAGAAUUUGUUAGAACAAUAUUAAACUUAUGAUGUAAUUUAUU